AUGGACGCCGAUUCGUGGAGCGCUCGUCUCUCUUCUGCUUCAAAGCGAUAUCAAUCGGCUCUUCAAUCUCGAUCUAGUAAGCCCGGAAGUUAUGAGUGGGAAUCGGAUGGUUUUGAUGCAGAUAUGUUAAUGGCGUUUGAAGAACUUGAUGCAGAUGACGAUAUAAGGGAAGAGUUUCCAUGCCCAUUCUGUUCCGAGUACUUUGAUAUCGUUGGAUUAUGUUGUCAUAUCGAUGACGAGCAUCCCAUAGAGGCGAAGAAUGGGGUAUUAAUUAUUACAUUUCCAAUAAUAUGAUUUUUUCUUUUUUCACAUCUAAUGGUAAAGUGGUCUAAUUUCAGAUCAUUCACAUGAAUAUUAGAAUCUUUCUCUGUGUUUUGGAUCUUCUUUGAAUGCAUCAGAAGAACAAGUUUUGUGGUUUGUUUGUUGGUUAGGGGAAACUUUUGUGGUUGGUGCUUAGCUAGUUUCAUCAAUAGUUUUUCAUUCCCCAAGUUUAACAUAUGUAUUAGUUUGCCCUGUUGCUGAUUGUUGGGAGGGAUAAGGAAAUAUUUUUAAUUUUUUUGUUUCUAUUAAGAGAUGAGGCUAUGUCCAAAAGCUUGUGAUGUCAAUGAUGGAUUUUGAAUGUAUGUUUACAUUGGUUUGAAUUGAAAUGCGUAUGUUUAGAAGCUGAUACAGGGUUAUAGGAUGCUUCUGGAUUCUCUUCACCAGUUGAAUCUUGAUUUUGGUUUGCUAAAGAGUAAGGAUCAAAAUAUCAUUUCGAAAUGGUCGAAAUAUACGAAACGUUUCCGUUUUCAAGGAGAUCGAAACAAAUUAGUGAUGGAAUCGAAAUUC